UGCUUUCUAACUGCCGUUCAGUUUAGGUGUAACGAAAAGAAUAUUAGUUUGUUUUCUGACUGGUGAUGAGUUCUUAUGUGCCUGCUUGGUUUGUCCAUGCCCUGUUUCGGUGGAUGAUUUGGUUGCGCCCUCCUGUUUUCUCAUUUGGAGUUGUGCCUGACUCGAAAUGGUGAUGGUUUGGCCUCCUUUUUUAGAGUAGUCUGGGUAGCUGGUAUUUCAGAGGCGAUUUCUCCUGAUUGAUUUCUCCUGAUUGACGGAGGGGAACUCUGAUUCGUGAUUCCUAGUAUAAGAGAGUUUUUGCUAUUGAUGUUUUAGAUCCAAGUACACAAGUUUUUGCAGUGCUGAUGGAGGUUAAGGAUGAUCAGGAUGCUUUGGUCGACCUGGAGAGUGGCAAUGGCACUGCAAUAAGCAAUCGUAACAAUGGUGUGGAUGCUAGUUUCUCCGUAGGUCACGGAAGAACAUCGUCUAAUGGUGUGUGGAAUGGUUGCGUGGGCGCCAAUGGAUGUUUGAAGGAUGACAAGAAUCAGCACAUGGAUUGCUCCCCUCCUGCUUCAGAUGUUGUUGCUAAAAACGGAGACGACAGGAAGUCUGAAGGGGAGGAGAAGCUGGGCCUUCUGGACAGUUCAGGAGGGGAGAAAGCAAAGAAGAAGCGGUCAAAAAAGCCACCACGGCCACCAAGGCCGUUGACACCUACACCAUUGGAUGUUUCUGACCAAAAGCUCCUCAAUGAACUGAGUGAGCUUGCAAUGUUGAAAAAGGCGAGGAUUGAGAGAAUGAAGGCUUUGAAGAAGAUGAAGAAUGCCAAACAAGGGGCAUCAGGUGGCAACUUAUGCCCACUGAUCAUUACCAUUAUCUUCUGCGUCGUCAUACUCUGGCAAGGUUUUUUCUCAGGACAUGGUUCAGCCGUAAGCUUCCAUGGAUCUCCUGAAUCAUCAAUUAGAGCACAUAGCAGCCUGAUCUCCAUCAGGUUCUACAAGAAGAACCAUUCUAUUGUGAGACCGCCCAGUGUGACCACUGCAGCUCCGGAUAAUGUAGAAGCGGUCUCAACGCUGUUGAAUCAUAACCAAGCGAGAAGGUUGGCUCGAUGAUGGCACAUGGUGGCCACCACAGUGCGCCUCAAAACUCGCCACAUUUUCAAGCCUUGUCUUGACCCGGGUUAUGUAAAUUUUCGGAGACCGUUAGCGCGCUUCCUCGAGGCGCCAUCCUCGCUGUAAAAAUGAACUCCUAGUGUGUUGUGCGCCUGUGUCGUACGCUAACUAGUGGACCUGUUGGCUGCCGUGCCCUUUGGUCACGGCACUUAGAAAGGAAAGCAAGCUGUAUGCCCGAUUACAAUAAUAAAGGUUUGCGCUUAAUAAUGAAAGCUCAUCUGAUGCACCUUGUGCUGU